CGCGCCGGGCCGGAGGAGGGGAGCGGGGGACGCAGCCCUGGGCCGGGAGGGCCGCGGCCACCGGAAGAGUCGCGGUCUCCAGUCCAGUCAGGAGAGUGAGGAGCGGAAGCGGCGGCCGCGGCGGCGGCGGGCGGCGCUGGGACCCAGGAGCGGCCGGAGAACAAGGGAGCUGACGCCGCGGGCAGCCGCGGAGCUGGGUUGAGCCGCUGGGCCGCGCCGCGCGCCGCCGCCGUCUGGGAGGCUCGGCCCGGCCGCCCGAGCAGGCCGCGCGCGGGCCGUCGGGCCCGAGGCCGGAGCCAUGGGCGAGACCAAGAUCAUCUACCACUUGGACGGGCAGGAGACGCCGUACCUUGUGAAGCUACCCCUGCCCGCCGAGCGCGUCACGUUGGCGGACUUUAAGGGCGUUUUGCAGCGACCCAGCUAUAAGUUCUUCUUCAAGUCUAUGGACGACGAUUUCGGAGUGGUGAAGGAGGAGAUCUCGGAUGACAAUGCCAAGCUACCAUGCUUCAAUGGCCGGGUGGUGUCCUGGCUGGUGUCAGCUGAGGGCUCACACCCGGACCCAGCCCCCUUCUGUGCUGACAACCCAUCGGAGCUGCCACCACCUAUGGAGCGCACGGGAGGCAUCGGGGACUCCCGACCUCCGUCCUUCCACCCUCAUGCUGGUGGGGGCAGCCAGGAGAACCUGGACAAUGACACAGAGACGGACUCCUUGGUGUCUGCCCAGCGAGAGCGGCCACGCCGGAGGGAUGGCCCAGAGCAUGCAACUCGGCUAAAUGGAACUGCAAAGGGGGAGCGGCGGCGAGAACCAGGGGGUUAUGAUAGCUCAUCCACCCUUAUGAGCAGCGAGCUGGAGACCACUAGCUUCUUUGACUCAGAUGAGGAUGAUUCCACCAGCAGGUUCAGCAGCUCCACAGAACAGAGCAGCGCCUCACGCCUGAUGAGAAGACACAAGCGGCGGCGGCGGAAGCAGAAGGUUUCUCGGAUUGAGCGGUCCUCGUCCUUCAGCAGCAUCACGGACUCCACUAUGUCACUCAACAUCAUCACGGUCACUCUCAACAUGGAAAAAUAUAACUUCUUGGGCAUCUCCAUUGUGGGCCAAAGCAACGAACGUGGUGACGGCGGCAUCUACAUUGGCUCUAUCAUGAAGGGUGGGGCCGUGGCUGCUGAUGGACGCAUCGAGCCAGGAGAUAUGCUGUUACAGGUAAACGAGAUCAACUUUGAGAACAUGAGUAAUGACGAUGCAGUCCGGGUACUGCGGGAGAUUGUGCACAAACCGGGGCCCAUCACCCUGACUGUAGCCAAGUGCUGGGACCCAAGUCCACGUGGUUGCUUCACAUUGCCCAGGAGCGAGCCCAUCCGGCCCAUUGACCCUGCGGCCUGGGUCUCCCACACUGCAGCCAUGACCGGCACCUUCCCUGCAUACGGCAUGAGCCCCUCCCUGAGCACCAUCACCUCCACCAGCUCCUCCAUCACCAGUUCCAUCCCUGACACAGAGCGCCUAGACGACUUCCACUUGUCCAUCCACAGUGACAUGGCUGCCAUCGUAAAAGCCAUGGCCUCCCCUGAAUCAGGGUUGGAGGUCCGUGACCGCAUGUGGCUCAAGAUUACCAUCCCUAAUGCUUUCAUCGGCUCAGAUGUAGUGGACUGGCUGUACCACAAUGUGGAAGGCUUCACGGACCGGAGGGAGGCCCGCAAGUAUGCUAGCAACCUGCUGAAAGCUGGCUUCAUCCGCCAUACCGUCAACAAGAUCACCUUCUCCGAGCAGUGCUACUACAUCUUCGGCGACCUCUGCGGCAACAUGGCCAACCUGUCUCUCCACGAUCACGAUGGCUCCAGUGGCGCCUCUGACCAGGACACACUGGCCCCUUUGCCGCACCCGGGGGCCGCCCCUUGGCCUAUGGCUUUCCCGUACCAGUACCCGCCACCCCCGCACCCCUACAACCCGCACCCAGGCUUCCCGGAGCUGGGCUACAGCUACGGCGGGGGCAGCGCCAGCAGUCAGCACAGCGAAGGCAGUCGGAGCAGUGGCUCCAACCGUAGCGGCAGCGAUCGGAGGAAGGAGAAAGACCCGAAGGCCGGGGACUCCAAGUCGGGGGGCAGCGGCAGCGAAUCGGACCACACGACACGCAGCAGCCUGCGGGGGCCGCGGGAGCGGGCGCCCAGCGAGCGCUCAGGCCCGGCGGCCAGCGAGCACAGCCACCGCAGCCACCAUUCACUGGCCAGCAGCCUUCGCAGCCACCACACACACCCGAGCUACGGUCCUCCCGGAGUGCCCCCUCUCUACGGCCCCCCUAUGCUGAUGAUGCCCCCGCCGCCCGCGGCCAUGGGGCCCCCAGGAGCCCCUCCGGGCCGCGACCUGGCCUCAGUGCCCCCGGAACUGACCGCCAGCAGACAGUCCUUCCGCAUGGCCAUGGGAAACCCCACCAAGAAUUUCGGGCUGUUUGACUUUCUGUGAGCCCCCAGCGAGGGGAGGCCCAACCUCCGAGGAGACCAGGAACCCUGCUUCAGCAGCCCCUCAGGGCUUCCCAAGGAUGUCCAACCCCCACACCCACACGUUAACAUAAUGGGUCACUAGGCUUCUGGGGAGGGCCCAGCUUCACCCAUGCAUGAGAGACUCUCCUCCUUUCCAGAGAGAA